AUGACUACUAAUUUGAACCCCAGACCUUCGAUGCUAUCUAUGGGGAGUAGAGGUGGAAGUAGACCUUUAAGGCCAUGUGAUAACUGUACAUGUUCUCCUGGGUUAUUAUCCAGACAAGGUAGAAGAUCUACUCUUUUCAUGAAACAGUUGGAGAAUAACAGAAGAAGGUCAUCUAGAGAUUUCUCGAAUGGUGGUGCUGGUGGAGAUGGUAGUAUUUCUGCCUCAGUCUAUUCUUCGGAUACUUUAUGUCAAUCGACAAGAGAAAUCAAUACUACGAAAAGAUUAUUGGCCUUGAGAAAACAAAUGAUUAAACAUGACCUUGCAUGUUAUAUUAUCCCCAGUGAGGAUGAGCAUCAAUCUGAAUAUGUUUCAUUAAGAGAUCAAAGAAGAGCAUUUAUCUCUGGAUUUUCCGGGUCAGCUGGUGUUGCUUGUGUCACAAGAGACUUAUUGAAUUUUAACGAGAAUGAUCCUGAUGGGAAAUGUAUUUUAAGUACUGAUGGCAGAUAUUUCAAUCAAGCUAGUCAAGAAUUGGAUUUCAAUUGGACUUUGUUAAGACAGGGGGAAGAUAGUUUGACAUGGCAAGAAUGGUGUAUUAAAGAGGUGGAAGAGAUGGCUAAAGGGUUGGCCAAAGGUCGUGUGGCCAAGAUUGGUAUUGACCCUAAGUUGAUUAGUUUUGAGCAAGUGAAAUUCUUUAAUCGGUUGAUAAGGGAAAAGUUGGGACCCAAUGCAGACGAUAUCAAUGUUCAAUUUGUUGCUGUGGAAGAUAAUUUAAUCGAUUUAAUUUGGGAUAAGUUUGAAAAUAUGCCUGAAAAAAAAUUGAACGAUGUUUUUUUCAUGUCAUCGGAAUAUACUGGUGAAGAUUUCCAAUCGAAGAGGAAAAGAUUGAUGCAAAAGUUUAAUAAGGAUUAUCCAGGUGCUAGUAAAUUUGUUGUGGUUGCGUUGGAUGAGAUAUGUUGGUUGUUAAACCUGCGUGGGUCUGAUAUUGAUUACAAUCCUGUCUUUUUUGCUUAUUUGUUUUUUAAUAACGACGAGACUAUUUUGUUUUGUGAUAAUCCGUUUACUGAUGAAUCUGUCAAAGAAUAUCUUUCCACCAAUGGCGUUGUUGUAAAGCCAUAUGGUCAAGUGUGGAAGCAUUUGGAAGAGAUGUCAGUGGAAUUCGUUGCUGAAUUGCAAAAAAAUAAACAAAAAAAGGAAUAUUUGUUGUUACCUGAUAAUUGUACAUGGCAAAUAGUUCGUAAGAUUGACCAAGCACCUUAUAAAUUGAUUCAUAGUGUUAUUGACGUAAUGAAAUCUGUCAAGAAUGAAACAGAGAUUAAUAACGCAAGAAGAGCUCAAGUGAAAGAUGCAAUGGCAAUUAUCCAAUAUUUUGCCUGGUUAGAAGAUAGGUUGAUCAAUCAUGAAGCAUUAUUAGACGAAUACCGUGCUGCUGAGAAAUUGACUAAUAUUAGAAGAGCUCAACCCAAUUUCUUGGGUGAAUCUUUUGAAACAAUCUCAUCCACAGGUGCCAAUGCUGCAGUAAUUCAUUAUUCUCCGCCAAAGGAAGGUUCCUCGAUGAUUGAUCCGACAAAGAUAUACUUGUGUGAUUCCGGAUCACAAUUUAUGGAAGGUACCACGGAUAUCACAAGAACAUUGCAUUGGGGCAAACCUAGCCAAGAAGAGAUUGAUAAUUACACCUACGUGUUGAAGGGUAACCUUGCCUUGGAAAGAUUGAAAUUCCCCGAGGGCACUUCAGGAUACCAAAUUGAUUGUUUGGCAAGACAAUAUCUUUGGACACAAGGGUUAGAUUACAAACAUGGGACCGGCCAUGGGGUAGGUGCUACUUUGAACGUACAUGAGGGUCCAAUGGGGAUUGGGUUCAGACCACAUCUGGUGGAAUUCCCACUAGAGGCAGGCAAUAUCAUCACUAAUGAGCCUGGUUACUAUAAGGAUGGCGAGUAUGGUAUCCGUAUUGAAAACGAUAUGCUAGUGAGAUAUGCAGCCCAUUUGAACGAAUCCAAGCCACCACAAGGUAAGAAAUUUUUAGAAUUUGAAAAUAUUACGAUGGUUCCAUACUGCAAGAAAUUGAUCAACACAAAACUCUUGACUGAAGAAGAAAGGCAACAGAUUAACGCGCAACAUAAGCGGAUCUGGCAAUCAUUGGUCCAAUUGUUGCAGCCCACGAGCAUCGCACACAAAUGGUUGAAGAGAGAGACAUCUAUGAUUUAA